GUGGUUUGUUUUGUGGCUGUCAACGCUAGUGUGUAAACAGCCUCUCACUGCACCACACUCCCGCUCACAAGCCGCUCCAACCGCCAGAUUUUUACGCCUUUUUGGAUUUUUUUCUGAAUUGGAAAGUGUCGGUGAUAACUACGCGGUCGACCACAACCUGGUGAGAAGGCGACUGGGAGACUUUUGAGCUUUGUUUUCGGGGGGUUGCGCAGACGACGGGCGCUGGUCGACCACCACCACCGCCAUAGCAUGGCUGCGGCGACCGUCGUGGAGGCUGACCCCGCUGCGAGCACCCACAGCCGGGCUUGGGAUGAGACUCAGCUGCGGAGGUAUUCUUUCCCCACCAAGACCAUCCCGAGGCUUUCGCACACGGACCCCCGAGCGGAGUUGCUAAUAAACAAUGAGGAGCCGGUGGUCCUAACCGAUACCAACCUCGUCUAUCCGGCACUCAAAUGGGACGUUGCGUAUCUCCAAGAGAACAUCGGCAACGGGGACUUCUCCGUCUACAUGGCGGAGAACCACAAGUUCCUCUACUACGACGAGAAGAAAAUGUCCAACGUGGAUAACUUUGUCCCCAGGUCCCGGCGGAAGGAGAUGAAAUUCUCUGAAUUUGUGGAGAAGAUGCAGGAGACGCAGCAGAGUGGCGGGGAGGAGAGGAUAUACCUCCAGCAGACCUUAAAUGACACCGUCGGAAAGAAAAUAGUUGUUGACUUCCUGGGUUUCAACUGGAACUGGAUCAACAAGCAGCAAGCCAAGAGGAACUGGGGACAGCUGACAUCCAACCUCCUACUGAUAGGCAUGGAAGGUAACGUGACACCGGCGCAUUACGACGAGCAGCAGAACUUUUUUGCACAAAUCAAAGGCCAAAAGAGAUGCAUCCUCUUCCCUCCAGACCAGUUUGAGUGUCUUUAUCCGUACCCUGUGCAUCACCCCUGCGACAGACAGAGUCAAGUUAACUUCGAUAACCCAGACUAUGAGAGGUUUCCCGAUUUUAAAAAUGUUGUUGGCUAUGAGGCAGUGGUUGGCCCAGGAGACGUGCUCUACAUCCCUAUGUAUUGGUGGCAUCACAUAGAAUCGCUGUUGAGCGGUGGUGUGACGAUAACAGUCAACUUCUGGUACAAGGGUGCGCCCACACCCAAGAGGAUAGAAUACCCACUGCGAGCUCAUCAGAAGGUGGCCAUUAUGAGGAACAUCGAGAAGAUGCUGGGAGAAGCGCUCGGUGACGCCCGAGAAGUUGGACCUUUGCUCAAAAUGAUGAUCAAGGGACGAUACGAGGAUUCUCAAUCAGAGUCUGACUCCUGAAAGUAUUCACACAAACUGUGCGUGUGUGUGAGUGUGUGUGUGUGUGUGUGACUUUGGACUAUAUCGCUGCAUGGCAAUAAGCGGCCGCCUCGAAAACCAUCGUGCUUCUCAGAGUGCCAUCGUCUUUUUUUUUUUUUUUUGCAAAUCUCAUGGGAGUUUACCGUACUUGAACAAAUCUUUUUUUUUUAAAGAAAUUAUUUAUAUGAGUUGCUUUCUUCUCCGAAGGCGUGAUUGUUAACGUGAAAUGUGGACGAUACAUUUGGAGGAACCUGGGUUUUACACCACUAGUGAAGGAGUCCUGCUGAGGAGGAUGUGUCAGUUAGCUCACUCGCGGGCUCCCGUUGUUAUUUGUACACGUUAGCCGUGAGUAAUAUGACAAUUCAUAUCUCGUAAGGCCUCAUUAAAACCCAAGUGGACAACAAUAUCGCUUGAUGAUGUGUUUGGAGAUCAUGUACGGAGAGUAGAUGUCCAAGCAUGGGCACCUUCUCUGCACCAACGUAGUGGAUUAUGACAUCAUUAUUUAAAAAAAAAAAAAAAAGUUUUAAAGUGGUUAAGCCAAAUAGAAAAAAAAAAAAAAAAUCUUGGUAACCUACAAACCCCAAAACCAGUGAAGUUGGCACGUUGUGUAAAUGGUAAAUAAAAACAGAAUACAAUGAUUUGCAAAUCCUUUUCAACCUAUAUUCAAUUGAAUAGACUGCAAAGACAAGAUAUUUAAUGUUCAAACUGGAAAACUUUAUUUUUUGCAAAUAUUAGCUCAUUUGGAAUUUGAUGCCUGCAACAUGUUUCAAAAAAGCUGGCACAAGUGGCAAAAAAGACUUGAGAAAAGUUGAGGAAUGCUCAUCAAACACUUAUUUGGAACAUCCCACAGGUGAACAGGCUAAUUGGGAACAGGUGGGUGCCAUGAUUGGAUAUAAAAGCAGCUUCCGUGAAAUGCUCAGUCAUUCACAAACAAGAAUGGGGGCGAGGGUCACCACUUUGUCAACAAAUGCCUGAGCAAAUUGUCCAACAGUUUAAGGACAACAUUUCUCAACAAGAUAUUGCAAGGAAUUUUUGGGAUUUAAUAGUAGAUUUUAUUUGUAAAAAGCACUUUACAUUGAGCAAACAACCUCAAAGUGCUACAGCGUAUCAAAAUAAAAAUAAUAAAGAAUAAAUAAAAACUAGAACAGCCAAAUAGCUAAAACUAGUGUGCAUAUAUCUUAAAAAAGGCCUUUCCAAAAAGAAGGGGUUUUAAGCCUUUUUUAAAAGCAUCCACAGUCUGUGGUGCCCUCAGGUGGUCAGGGAGAGCGUUCCACAGACUGGGAGCGGCGGUACUGGAUCAAAAAGCCACAUCGGUGUGUAAAGGAUAUCACCACAUGGGCUCAGGAACACUUCAGAAAACCAAUGUCAGUAACUACAAUUUGUCGCUACAUCUGUAAGUGCAAGUUAAAACUCUACUAUACAAAGCAAAAGCCACUUAAACAACACCCAGAAACGCCGCCGGCUUUGCUGGGCCCGACCGAGCUCAUCGAAGAUGGACCGAUGCAAAGUGUAAAAGUGUUCUGUGGUCUUGACGAGUCCACAUUUCCAAUUGUUUUUGGAAACUGUGGAUGUUGUGUCCUCUGGACCAGAGAGGAAAAGAACCAUCCGGAUUGUUAUAGGUGCAAAGUUGAAAAGCCAGCAUGUGUGAUGGUAUGGGGGUGUAUUAGUGCCCAAGGCAUGGGUAACUUACACAUCUGUGAAGGCACCAUUAAUGCUGAAAGGUACAUACAGGUUUUGGAGCAACAUAUGUUGCCAUCCAAGCAACGUUAUCAUGGACGCCCCUGAUUAUUUCAGCAAGACAAUGAAUGCCAAGCCACAUUCUGCACGUGUUACAACAGCGUGGCUUCAUAGUAAAAGAGUGCGGGUACUAGACUGGCCUGCCUGUAGUCCAGACCUGUCUCCCAUUGAAAAUGUGCGGUGAAGCCUAAAACACCACAAGGGAGACCCCCGGACUGUUGAACAACUUAAGCUGUACAUCGAGCAAGAAUGGGAAAAAAUUCCACCUGAAAAGCUUCAAAAAUGUGUCUCCUCAGUUCCCAGUGUUGUUAAAAGGAAAGGCCAUGUAACACAGUGGUAAAAAUGCCAACUUUUUUACAAUGUGUUGCUGCCAUUAAAUUCAAUGUUAAUGAUUAUUUGCAAAAAAAAUAAAGAUUCUCAGUUCGAACAUUAAAUAUCUUGUCUUUGCAGUCUAUUCAAUUGAAUAUA